GUAAAAAGAAAUACGAAAAAAUGUCAAAUACAACCGAUAAUUUUUUAUCAUCUCAAAUUAAAGACUUAAAAAAAGAAAUUGUAAUCAUGAAAGAAAGAAUAGAACAAAUAGAAGAAAAUGAAAAGCUCUUGAACAUUAGAAUUAUCUUUCUUGAAAAGGAACUGGAUAAAGAAUGA